UCUAGAAUUUGCUAGAACCACCGUAGCAACAGCAGAGUCCAACAGAAACCUUCCCCAAGCUUCUGAUUGGAUUGCACGAUUGUUUGUUUGACCAGCGAUUGGUUGCUGUGUUACACAGGGUCAGUGGAGCUAUUUUAAAUGGGACGUUCAGUUCCACGUCAACAGGUUUCACAACAAACUCGUCACACCAGUUUCAUCGGAGCUUCAUGAAAACGUUUGAAUGGAUCUUGUGAAACAUACAGGCGGCUGCCACUGUGGGGCUGUGAUCUUUGAAGUCUGGAGUUCCCCACACCUCCAUGUUUUCCAAUGCAACUGUAGCAUUUGCACAAAGAAACAAAACCAUCAUUUCAUUGUUCCAAAAAAUCACUUCACGCUCUUACAGGGGUCAGAUCAUCUGACCACAUACACGUUCAACACUCACGUUGCUAAACACACCUUCUGUAAAACGUGUGGAGUUCAAAGUUUCUACACUCCACGCUCCAACCCUGAUGGAUAUGGUGUUGCCCCACACUGUCUGAACCCGGGUACUGUCCGCAGCGUCACAGUGGAGACAUUUUGUGGUGAGAAGUGGGAAGAAAGCAUGCGAGCUCACAAGAGCAUUAGAGACAUGUCUAAAUCGGCAACAGAGACACAGCUGACAGAGACAAAAUGACAUCUACGGGAUACAAAAAUCAAGAUUUUUUUAAUAAGCCGUAUAACAGACAUAAUGUGCAGUAUAUUCAACAAUCUUGGACUUUAUAAGAU